GACUGUCGAAAGAUGCCUUACUCCCACCACAGCCAUUCUGGCCAAUUCUGUGGACAUGCGCAGAACACGCUUGAGGAAGUCGUCCAGGCAGCAAUAGCCAAACGCUUCCAUACUUUCUCCUUGACGGAGCAUAUACCCAGGCCGCAGGAAGACUUCUAUCCUGAAGAAGCCGAAUCUCACACGGAGCAGAGUCUCGCGAAGCUAUUUGAUGACUUUAUUGUCGAAGCUCACCGACUACGAGACGCGUACUCGGACCAAAUCCAGAUACUCAUCGGCUUCGAAACCGAGUACAUCCGCCCAUCUACGCUGCACAUCAUUCGCGGCAUCCUCGACAAGUACACCUUCGAUUUCUUCAUGGGCUCUGUCCACCACACGCACACGAUACCAAUCGACUUCGACCGCGCCAUGUACGAACAGGCUAGAGACAAGGCAGGUGGGACCGAUGAGCGCCUCUUUGAGGACUACUUCGACUCCCAGUACGAAAUGCUUCAGGAGUUACAGCCACCAGUGGUCGGGCAUUUUGAUCUCAUUCGCCUACUUAGCGACCAUCGCGACGCCGAUUUCCAGGGCAUGCCUGGCGUUUGGGACAGAAUAAAGCGCAACUUGGAAUACGUAGCCUCUUAUGGCGCUCUUCUCGAAUUGAACUCGGCUGGGUUGCGAAAAGGUUUGGCCGAGCCAUAUCCGUGCUUGCCCAUAUGUCAAAUGUUCUUACGCAUGGGAGGUGGUUUCGUCAUGUCUGACGACAGUCAUGGAAUCGACCAGAUAGGUACAAACUAUGCGCGGCUAUUGGCUUUCAUACGCCAGGCAGGGAUAGACCAGAUACAUUAUGCUGACCGGUCCGGUGUGCGCAAAGACAGCCGCUUCCCCAACGCGGGCUUCUCUAGUAUUGCUGUAACCGACCUGGCGCAAUCGCCAUUCUGGGCGAACCUAGGGUGA